AUGUACGGUCCUGACACGCCCUUCGCCCCGAAGCCCAGUCUGGAAAGCCUUCCGGAGCAGCCCUCGCCUGCCUUGGAGGAUGAUGACGACGCCGAAACCUCCCCUGAAAAGCGAAGCCCAGGUGUAGAUCGGGAUUGUCCAGGUCAUGUCUUCAGAUUUCUUUCGAACAGACGUGGUGUCUGGACUGUCUUGCAGGUUGAGAACAAUGACGCCGUUGAUGGGUAUCGGCACUUUAUUUCCACAGCAGAAUGGUAUUCUCUUCGCACUCCAUAUACGCAGUACUUCACAAAGAACCAUGCCGGCAACUACUUGCCUCUGGCACACUUGCUGGAAGUGGGAACUCGGCAUGUGGGUAUCUUAGAUCGACAUCUUUCUUUGACUCCACCAAUUGCUGUGGCACGCAGACCAACCUACAAAGGCCACAUCGCCGGAUUGACUUCCCUGCCAGUGGACUGCUGCACAGUCCUGGGGAUACUUGUCACUCUGGCCACAUUGCUUCCCACAGCAAGCCUGGGACCUGAUGCUCUGAUGGAGUGUUUGGGGGUCCUGCAAACAUUCGAAGAACACAUGAGCAUCAAUGACUCCAUUCCCCUGCUGCCCCACGCCCGAGUCUUCUGUGUUCAGGUGCAAGAGAACCUGAUGCCUGUGCCAGCACUGAAAGCAGCACUGCACGAGCUUGGUCUCAGUUGGGCAAGGCCUUACCUGGGGCGGUUGAGGAUGAGAUCCGAUAAGGAUUUCUGGAACUCCCUUGGUUUCCGUCGCCUGACAAAACGUGUCCUGCACGUUUUUGCGCAACGUGCAGAAGAGAGUCUGGAAACGGCAACCACAGAACAAUGCCCGGACCCCAACAUUGCUCACAAGUAUCAUCCGUACAUGGCUGUGUCACGCAGGAAGGGCAACAGGUCGCUUCGCAUGAACAUGGUAAGCCGCUUCCUCUGCCGGGGUACAGGCUACGUGUCUUUGAAGGACGAAAGGUGCCUUUCGGAGCUAGAACUCGUGGCUGAGAACUCGAAUCUGGCUACCAAGACAGCCGCUGAGUUUGUGGCCCGACUUCUCCUGAAGACAGAGAGCCACGUUGCAGCUGCUCUUAGCCGUCAAGAGAUGAAGUGCCUGAACUUUUGCUUUGACGAGGCCACAGUGGCCACUGAGAAGGUCUUGUCCGUGGUGUUUAUGCUGGACGGUUGUCUUUUUCCCGGAGCCACGCAGAUGCUACCUGUGAACGUGUGUAACAAAGACGAAGCUGCAGAGGCUUCACGAAGCCUGGCUGCAGCCUUGCAGGGUCGACUGCCGCAGGACGCCACGCAGCGCAUGCAGCUUCCCAAGAACGCCUUUGCUUUCCGAGAGUUUCGCAAGCCCACAAAAGACCUGCUAGCUGGGAUUGCAAACUCUCUGCAGCAAGCCAUGCCUUCCGGGUUCACCCUUCAGAGCUGCAAGCCGCCGAAUCCCUUGAAACCUGCUGGACAAGGAUGUGAAAGACAUGUCUACGACAAUAGUGAGUUGCGACUCCUACCGCAGCAGCUUCCGUCAGACGCACACUUCUUCUUUACCUGGGACUCAGAGGCCUUGGAAUCCCGCAAGGACUUCUAUGAGCACGAAAACUUCACAAGACUGGUUUUCAGUGCCGACGAAGGGACACAGGGAUUCGUGGCAUGGCAACACCUCAGUGCCUCAGAUUGCUGGGCUGUGCUAUGGCCCGACAUCUUCCACCGCUCCGCACGGAGAUGUGCCCAGGCCAUUCGUGGCCUCACAGGGGCCGCAGAUCUGCUUAAGAAGCUGGGGGUUCUCUUUCGCUUCUCGAGGGGACCAUUCAAAACAUCAAAGUUUGGCCGUUUGGUUUCAGAUGCCCGCGACCGCAUCAUCGAGCUUCUGUCAAAGGACCCCAACGCCGACUUUGCACAGAUGUUUAUACCAGGCAUGGCUAAGGAUGCGGCAGGCUUGCACAAUGGGAGUGGGAUUGCCGAGAGCAGCUUCACAGCAGCCGAUGCUUUGAGCAUGCUACGUGACCGGCAAGGCAGGCUACAUCUUCGGGCCGAGACCUCCAAGGACAGUCGCUGGUUCAGCUUCUGGGACUACAGUGUUGCCCUGGACGGGGUAUGGCACGCAGAAGCAAUGGCUCACUGCUUCUCCUUCUUCAGUGAAGGGCGAAACCCGUGGGGGAUGACCGCCCGCAGUGAUGGCAGUGACGUGCUGGCUGAUGACACAAACCAAGACAAGAUGAGGGCCUUCAUUGUGGUGUUCCGAGCCUUGAGAAUGUUCGUGUGUGACUGUGCCCCUGGGCUGCAGUAUUGGCCCUGGGGUCAAAGGUUCUUAGUUUCAGUUCUAAAUGUUGCAUCUAAGGCACGAGACUUCCAGAACAACUCAAGCGCCUCCUUGAAGCAUGCCUUGUCCUUGGCCACUGGCAAGCGGGUGCAACGACUCAUCACGAAGAAGACUCUACAGGACGCAGCUAAAGGUGCAGCCAUCCCCUAUUGUUCUGCAGACAACGACCCCGAGUCACGCACAUGGCUGGCAAGUUUGACCCUUUGCCAUCUGAGCUCCCUGUGUUCCUUGGACGCCUACCACACCUCAUUUCCUUGGAGAGCCAUUGCAUGCCUGAACGCGCAAGCCCGGGCAAGCUGUCUGGAAGACAUGCAGAAGGAAUGGCUCUUUGUGACGGAAAUUGUCGAUGUCCUCCCGAGCAAAAGUGCUUUGUACGGUCUUCUUUCUUUCACCCGCUAUCAACCGUACAGAGACAUCAUGACAAAGGGGGAGUGUGGUGCUCAGUUUCACGGGUCCUUCAGCUUCAAGUCCGAGGCCAUGGACACCGCCGCUGGGCAGGCCUUCCGACAAUGUUGCAGAUGCAUGGCUGGCCUCACUGGCCCUGGGACUUCCAGUCUACUUUGCUCGUUGCCUUCCGAAUUGUGCUUCAACGAUCUGAGAGAUGCUGGUCGAAGGCAUGCCAAAAGCGAGAAGACAAACCCGCACAACCUGCACGCUGUGGCACACAAGUCCACCCUGAAACGCCCAGCUGGUGCCGAAGUCCUGAACCUCACUGCCCAGGAUUGGCAACAGCCACUGUCGCAGAAACACAUCAAAGCUCGGGUGCACAGUGCCUUGAAGGCUACAGACACGGAGCUGGGAAUCUGCUCAGAGGGCCUCACAAAGCAUCGCACCAAUAAGAACUACACAAAGCCACACAUACUGGUGCAGAGGCUUUCCCUCAUGAAGGUCCUCAGCACUUGCUAUCAUGUGCACAUCCGGCCAGAAUUGGACAGGCAGGAUGACAGGAAGGAGGUCCUUCUCAGUGUGUUUUCAUCCAUGUGGACAAGCAAGCUGGUUCCGGAGCAUUGCUUCAUUUCCUGCCGUGCACACCAGCCCACAGAUGACACCCGCUCGCUCGUGCUCUCCUCCGGUCCUUAUGCUGCACGCCUUUGGCCAUUGAAAAGGUUUGCAGAGAAUGUCUUUACCUUUGAGGCCUUGGAAGUUCCCCGGACAGACACAAUCGUUGGAGACCUUCACGAAGUUCACGUGGCCCUCACAGAGGAGUGCUUGGCACACGACCAGCUGGCAUGGAAGCAGGUGUCUGGUUGGAUGAGUCUGGCCAGCUACGUUGCCGAGUACUCCAUUCUUUCAGUGCCCCGCUCCCUGCUGUCUAGCAUCUGCAGUUCGCUGGGAUUGAAGCACGGCAAGCUCGACUACAAGUCUCGGGUCAAGCUUUUCCUUGAACAUGAGAAGAAGUCAGAGAAGUACAUCAGCGAGAUUUUGGAAGAGCUUCCUGACAAGGAGGCUGACAAAGCAGCAGAAUCCUACAUGCUCUAA